GGCAAACUGCAACCAGGCGCGGGGUGACCCUGGCUCUUAUUGAUUUAAAUUGAUUCCAAUGUAGCUAAUUAUUUGUAGUAACAAUAUAAUAAUAUGAGUUGGUUCCAUUGACCUCAGGAGUCUGGUUGCAGUUUCCACGACCCUGUUAAAAAGUGUUACUUCGGAACAUUACGAGAAACAUUUCUGAGCUCUAUAGUUGAUAUGCGAAUAGACAUGGCCCGAAAAUGUAUGAAUCAAAAUAUUGCCAAGAUAAUUGUUUUGGUGGUUGCUAUGACAAUAAUAGUAUUGCAGAUGAAAUCAAAAGCUGUACUACAGGUACAUCAAUCAGAAAAGCUAGAUGAGGACAUUUUGAAAUAUCGUACUAAUCCUAAUUGUACACUGCUCGGCUGUGAUGCAAUUCAACAGAAAAUUCAGGCAGUAACGUGGAAAAAUCUUGACGAGCAUAUACAAAUUCUUUGGGAGCAGCAGCUAUGUCACAAAAGGAUAAAGCAUCCUGGUGAUUUGAUUGGUCAACGUUCACAUGCCUUUGAUGGUCAUUCAAAGUCUCCGACCAAUCAUAUAUCAACAAUAAAUCUUGUGAAAUUCAUCAGCAAAGGAUACCCAUUGGCUAUUACCAAAUAUGGUAUUGAUUUAGGAGCAUCGGGUGAAUCUGAUGUUACAGAAUUGCUUCAAGCUGGUUGGAAAGGUUUUAAAACAGAUGGCCGCCUAAAAAAGACUAAUUCAAGUGAAUGGCUGAAUGAGACAACUGACAUAGUAACUCCUAAAAAUGUCCAACGUAUUUGUGAAACAUACGGAAUCCCCAAGAAUGUAGGUGUGCUGAAGAUUGAUAUCGAUUCAUACGACUGGGAUGUUGUGAAAGCUUUCCUCGAGGCUGGAGUCAGUGCUGACAUCUAUAGUAUGGAAUAUAAUCCUGUUUUUCCCCCAGGUGUUCACUAUCACACGAACUACACGGCUGACUUCAAGUGGACAUUGCUCUCAAGCCGACCAAAGGAAAAUCAAAUAUUAUAUGGGGCAUCGUUGCGUGCUUGGUAUGAUCUACUUACACCCAAUGGCUACACCCUUAUCGAUGCUGAUUGGUACAACACACUGUUUGUGAAGGAUCAAUACGUUGAUGUUUUUGGACCAAUACCAACAGAUGUAGCCACUGUCUGGCAGAAUGGAUGGUUCGAGCGACCUGGGAGACAUACACAAAAGGACUUGGUUUCCAAGUACUGGCUUAACUAUCCCAGACAAGAAGUGUGGGCAACUAUGGAAACUACACAAGUUAUGAAAGAACUACAAAAACUUAUUAACAAAUAAAAGCAUGUUGACUGUUUACGGAAUACAAUUAGGACAACAACUGAAGAUAUUUCUACAUCUACAUGUAAGGCUAUACAUAUAAAAUCUCUGGAAAAAUCAUCAAUGAAUCUUUGAACAUGCAGAAAUUUUUUUUAUGUCAUUUCCUUGAAUAAAAAAAAUCACUGAUAAUUAAUGAAUUAGAAAAUGUUUUUCACAUUUUUUGUUGAUUUUACCUGUUAAUGGCAGUUAAAAUUCAAAAUAUUUUGAUUAAGGCCAGUGCACUUUGGAUUUUUUUGCAAUUUUGAAAAGUAAACCACUGAAUAUUCUAGCUAUUAAACAUU